AGCUCUUUGUCUGCGGCCCCCGGGAGAGCUGCGAGCCGCCGUGCGCAAACCCCACCUCUUCCUCCGGGCAACAGCCUCCUGCCGCCAGGUCCUCCUGCCGCCGCCUCCUGCAGGUGCAACCCAGCCGGGGAUCGGCGGGCCGGAUCCCCCCACCCGCGCCGCGACAGUCGGCUGGCAGUAGAGUGUUGACCCUUCGAAAAAGAACAUAUAUGCUGCAGUGCUUGGAUGCUUCAAGACCCUUGUCUCCCCCAAACGGCUCACAUCAGUAAGGAGAGGCAGGCCCUGCCAGCAGGAUUAAAGAAUAAAAAGACAAGUCACACAAGGAAAGGCAUGGAUGGGAAGAAAUGCAGCGUAUGGAUGUUCUUACCUCUUGUACUGACAGUGUUUACCUCAGCAGGACUAUGGAUUGUAUAUUUUAUAGCUGUAGAGGACAACAAAAUUUUCCCGCUAAAUGUGAAAGAAAGGAAACCAGGUCCCCUGAAGCCGCCUUAUAUAAGCAUUGCAGGUGAUGCCCCCCCUGCAAGCUGUGUGUUUAGCCAAGUCAUGAACAUGGCAGCAUUUCUAGCCCUCGUGGUGGCUGUCCUUCGCUUUAUUCAGCUGAAGCCAAAGGUCCUGAACCCCUGGCUCAAUGUGAGCGGCCUGGUGGCGUUAUGCUUGGCCUCCUUCGGAAUGACCCUCCUUGGCAACUUCCAGCUUUCCAAUGAUGAAGAAAUACAUAAUGUUGGCACAUCCCUGACCUUUGGGUUUGGCACCCUGGCCUGCUGGAUUCAGUCUGCGCUAACGCUCAAAACAAACUUGAAGAAUGAAGGAAGAAAAGCGGGAAUCCCACGGGUCAUCUUGUCCGCAGCAAUAACUCUCUGUGUAGUCCUUUAUUUCAUCCUGAUGGGACAGAAGUUCCACAUCCAUGCAUCACGGAUACAGUGGGGCAUGGUGAUGUGCUUCCUCUGCUACUUUGGCACCUUCGCAGUGGAGUUCAGGCACUACCGGUUUGAGAUCAUUUGCUCAGAGUACCAGGAGAACUUCCUCAGCUUUUCUGAAAGCCUGUCCGAAGCAUCCGAGUACCAAACGGAUCAGGUGUGACCCAGCCUCUCCUUCCCUUUCCUCACGGCACUGGGCGCGUGCUGUCACAUGACUCGACUCACAGCUCCAUUUCCAACUUCUUUUGGUUUUAAAACACCUUUCCCCCCAUGUCUGUAGUCACUGGCAAGUUUUUUUUUUCUGGCAGAGUUUCUAAGCCUUUGAGGGUUGCCUACCAUGCUGAAAUUUAGCAAGGGAAACUUUUGUGGGUUUUGCUGACCAGGUGUGGCAGGAAGUGGUUCACCUGCUACAUUCUCUCCCGCCCCCCGCCCCCCGCCCCCCAACUAGACAACUCUUAAAAGCCACAGCAAUUCUGCCCAGAAAGAAGAAAAGAGACAGGCCGAUUUCAGAGGCAUAGCUGCCUUUUAGCACAUCUGAGCCUCACAAUCUAGGGGUGUUGGUGGUGUUGGGGGGUUGCUCUUCCUGCUUUACUAAGGUGCCUAGGACCAGUGAGAGCCACCUUCCGGAUUGGCCUUUGGCACCUGCUUUCCCAAAAGAUCCUUCCCAAGCGCUUGUUUGAACACCCAAUGCCUUUAGAAGCUUUAGAGGUGGACAGCAACAAGUUUCUCUUUUACCCUGUUGCCACACUGUACCUGUUGAAUUCCUUCCUCUUCAAGGCAUAGAACCUCCAUCCCUGUUGGGCAGCUCAAGAAAUAUGGACCACGGUCCUGAAAGGAACGGUCUUCCCCCCCAUCUGAACAGGGAUUUCCCUGACUUGGGAACAAACACCACUGCUGUAAAAAGUCAACAUUUCAUUACUGUUAGAGAUGGCUGACACAUCAUUUGUACAUUGCAAAGUAUACAUUUAUUUAGCGCUUCCGUCACACUGCCUGCUAUUUCUAAGACUGUCUUUUUCGACCAGCCAAUGGGAAUCACUGAGUGGCAUCAGUAUCUUGAGUAUGAGCCCAUGGGAUACAGACUGGUAGUGACUGGAGAUGUCUGCCUACCUGCUUAGGUGGAUGAUCCACUGACCGCUCGAGCAUCUGAUGUGCUUCCAUUGGCUUCAGUAGAGCUAAACAUCAGCAGGUGGCUUGAGUGGAAGGAACAAUAAUCUCAGAGCCAAGCUACAAGUGACACAUGACACAGGUUGGACACUU